AUGUACCUCCUUGUGUAUGUGGAUGAUAUUGUUCUGGUGAGCUCAUCCCCGACGGCUGCUGAUGCUCUUGUGACUGCACUUGGUCGUGAUUUUACAGUUAAGGAUUUGGGACAGCUUCAUUUCUUCCUGGGUAUUGAGGUCGCUCAUCAGUCUCGUGGCAGUUUGGCUCUCACCCAGAAGAAGUACUCUCUUGAUCUCUUGUGUCGUGCUGAUAUGCUCAAGUGCAAGCCAUCGCCUACGCCCAUGUCCUCCAUUGAUACCCUUUCUGCUGCUGAUGGUGCUCUUCUCUCUCCUAAGGAUGCUACUGAGUACAGGAGUAUUGUUGGUGGCCUGCAGUAUCUGACGAUCACGCAUCCUGAUCUCUCCUUUGCGGUUAACAGGGUGUGCCAGUAUCUUCAUGCUCCCACUGAUGUACACUAG